AUGGCACUGCAGUUUGAUCUUGUAGCCGCCGCUGCGGCUCUAAGUGCUUCUCCUUACCUUCCUCAAAUUUUUGAUUACAUCAAAUCUAAACUUGGUUUGUCAAGCAUUGAUGAGACUAAAUUGCAUGUGUUAUCGUUGAGAGUAGCUCAAAUUGAGCAAGUACUUGAUUUCGUGAAAUAUGAACAAUUACGGAAUAGCUCUGAGUUGGUGUUGAUCAGACAUCUUAGAUGUGCGAGGAAUCAAGCAGAGGAUGAACUGGACGAAAUUUUAAUUCGUCGCUCAGAGAAAUUGGGUCAACCAACUCAAAGUGCUUACAAUCAGGUAUGCAGUUCUUUCUCCUCAUUUGAAAGCAUUACUCUAGAGAGCUUAGGUAUCAGGUGCAACAGCUCCAUUUCCCAUGCCUUUAAUAUAGAAAAUUGUCCAGUUUCCUGGCUAAAAUAUAGACAACUCUCUGCACCUCUAAAAAAAUGUUUUGAGUUGUUCUCAAUAUUUCCGAGGAAUUAUAAAUUUGAGAAAGAAAACUUAAUCCAACUAUGGAUGGCCGAAGAUUUCAUUCGGGAUGAUGGAAGAAAAAGAAAAUUAGAAGAUAUAGGGAGUUGUUAUUUUGAUAGGCUGGUAGAAGAAUCCUUCUUUUUAAAUCUUCCAGAUGUUUUUUAUCAAAUAGAUGGUGAGGUCCAUGAGUUUGCAGAAUGUGUUUCUUGUGGAGAAUGUCUGAUAAUAAAUGAAGGUGAGGCCAUAGCAGAUUUCUUGUAUCGGUUAACGGAUUCUCUCCGCCAUUUUUCAUUACAUUGUGAAAAUUAUUUACCAGAGACGGCUAAUCUUCUUGCUGGAUGUAAAGGAUUGCGAACAUUCCUUCUGCACCUUAGAGAUAAAGGAAAUAAUCCUAAUGUUAAACUUCCUGAUAAUCAACUUACUAGUUUCGAAUGCUUACGUGUAUUGGAUAUAAGCUGUCCUUCUAUCAUUGAAGUUCCAGCUUCUAUUGGUGGUUUGAAGCACCUCCGGUACCUUAACCUGUCCAAGUCCAGAAUUGAAAAGUUGCCCAAGACAAUCUGUGAUCUUCACAGUUUACAUAUAUUGAUGCUUCAUGGUUGUAAAAACCUCAAGAACUUACCUUGUUUGGGGGAUCUUCGUAGUUUGAAAAAGCUUUUGUUAGACAAAAAUCACCCUUUAGAUUCCUUGCCACCAGGAAUUGGGCGAUUAACCAUGCUUGAGACAUUUUCUUGCCCAUUUGUUGUAGGAAAAGAAGAGGGAGAAAAUAUUGGAGUGUUGAAGAAUUUGAAUAACCUUCGAGGAUCACUCUGCAUCUCUAACCUCGAAAACAUCUUGAAUUCGGAAGAGGCUAAAGAAGCUGCCCUCAAUAAUAAACAGUUUCUUCAGCAAUUGAAGUUGAAGUGGAGUGAGGAACCCACGGGACAGUAUAGGUUUGAACAUGAACAGGUUCUUCAAGCCCUCCAACCACAUAACAAUCUGGAAACCUUGAAAAUAUUAGGUUAUGGCGGUGUUAGCUUCCCACAUGAGAUGGCCAAAGACUGUUUUGGAAAACUUAAGAAAGUUUCCUUGAGAAAUUGCAAAAGUUGCUCAUAUCUUCCUGCCCUUUGGCAUCUCCCAAUGCUUGAGACCCUUUGUAUAAGGGGAAUGGAUCAAAUGGUGAAGUUAGACAAUGACUCUUUUCUUGGAAGUGGAAGUAAAAGUGGGCUUGUAUCACUUGAGAUACUUAAAGUUGAAGAAAUGCCUAAUUUGAAAAGUUGUGACUUGCGCCCUUUUCCCAAGCUUAAUCAACUUACAUUCAAGGACUGUGCCAUGCUAGAGGAAAUAAUAGAGCUUCCAAUGCUCAUGAACUGCUCUCUAAAUAUUAAGGACUGUCCAUUACUAAUUGGAUGGAUGGAUCAACAGCAAGGUUGGCAGAAAGAAGUGCAAGAUGAUGGAAGCUUGAUCUACCAGAAGGAAGAGCAAGAAGAUGAAUACUUGAUCUAG